AUGGCGAUGAUAAUUUCGCCAGCAUAUCGCUUCAAUGAUGACGGGGAGCCGGGAGGAACAGCCGGGCGGCCGAUUUUGGCAGCUAUUGAGGGGGCUGGCGUGGAUGGUGUCAUGGUGGUGGUAACCAGGUACUAUGGGGGAGUGAAGCUAGGAACUGGAGGUCUGGUGAGGGCGUAUGGCGGCGCAGCAGCGGGAGCACUGCGAGAAGCCACCCUCGUUCCAGUCUUGCAAAAGGUGGCCCUCAAAAUAAUUGCCCCAGUACACCACGUUGGACUACUCUACACUGUGCUUCAACGGCCUGAAUACUCGGUUGAGAGAUUAAACGAAAGUUAUUGUGAUAGUGAGGAUGGAAAAGGUAGUGUAGUCGAGCUUCAGAUUAUGGCGAUGGCAGACAAUGUUGAUAAGCUUCAAGAUGCAUUGUCAGAUACACUGAGGGGGGAUGUGUUGCCAGAGUAUCUCAGAUUACAGCCAGGUCGAAUCCAUCGUUCUCACCUUCCUUCGCACCACCUUAAACCGACAUCCGCAUUGGACGGAAUUAUGGGGUUUCAGAGCGCGACCCUCGCCGCAUCCAACUCUACUCCUGUCGCGUUCCAAGCCGGCAGCUCGAGCCGCCAGUUUAAGCCCGAACACGGCUGCAGCAGCAGCUACAUCCAGGUCCCGCACCGCGUCGCGUCCGUCCCUUCCUUCCUCCGCGCACCAUCGUACCCUCCGCGCGUCCGCAGGCAAAUCCCGGCGGUUCCGCUGCGCGUUGCGGCGGAAUCCUCAUCAGCAGAUACUGCCAAGCCUGGCGGUUCCAAACCUGGUGGUUCCAAACCUAGAGAUGUGGUUCCAGCCGCUGCUGCUGCUGACAGUCCGGCGGUUGUAGCGGGCGCUACAGCCGUGCUGGAGGCGCCUGCGGUGCUACAGCCGUCGACGUCAGCCGGCAGCGACCCAGAUGCGGCCCGGCUAGUACCGCGAGUGGAAGAGCGCGACGGGUAUUGGGUCCUAAAAGAAGAGUUUAGAACAAGUCUUAAUCCCGCGGAGAAGAUUAAGAUUGCCAAGGACCCAAUGACGCUGAUCGCGGAAGGGGGUAAGGCGCUUCGGGAGCUGGCUUUAAAGACGAUGGCGGAGGUGGAUGGGAGUAAGGAGGCGAAAGAUGACAUCGACGCGCGGUUCAAGUGGCUGGGGCUGUUUCACCGUCGCAAGCAGCAAUACGGUCGCUUCAUGAUGCGCCUGCGGCUGCCCAACGGCAUCAUUACGAGCGAGCAGACACGGUUCAUCGCUGACGUCAUUAGCCGCUACGGCGAGGAGGGCGUGGCGGACAUCACGACGCGGCAGAACUGGCAGAUCCGCGGAGUGACGCUGCAGGACACGCCGGACAUCAUUGAGGGGUUGAACAAGGUCAACCUGCGCUUCAUCCAGAGCGGAAUGGACAAUGCGCGCAACGUGGUGGGCAACCCACUGGCGGGGAUCGACCCCCUCGAGAUCAUCGACACGCGCCCCUUCUGUCAGGCCAUUGAUGACGUCAUCACGGGGAAUGGGGCGGGCAACACCGCUCUGUCCAACCUCCCUCGCAAGUGGAACGCCAGUGUAGUGGGUUCACACGACCUUUUUGAACAUCCCCACAUUAACGAUCUCGCCUUCAUGCCGGCCCUCCACCGAACCUUGGGCGGAGGUUCGGGAGGAGGUUCGGAGGAGGGGUGGGAGAUGGGGUUCGAGAUGCACGUGGGGGGAUUCUUCAGCAGCAAGCGGUGCGAGGAGGCAAUCCCAAUGGACGCAUGGGUGCCAGCUCAGCCUGCUGACGUGGCGGCUGCCAGCAAGGCAGUGCUGGAGGCGUUCCGGGACCUUGGGAGUCGCAGCAACCGGCAGAAGACGAGGAUGAUGUACCUUAUAGAGGAUCUGGGCAUGGAGGUGUUCCGAGCUGAGGUGGAGAAGCGCAUGCCCAAUGGCCACCUGCCACGUGUCAGCUCCUCCCCUCAGCACAGCAGCACCACCAACGGAAACGGCAGCACCACCAUUGGUAGCAGCAACGGUUACAGCAGCAGCAACGGCACCACCAACGGCAGCGCCACCAGCACCACUACUGCCAACCCCACAGUCCAGUCCCUGAUUGAUCCGUCCUGGUCCCGUCGAUCCUACCUGGGGGUGCAUCCCCAGAAGCAGCCAGGGCUGGUCUAUGUGGGUCUGCACGUGCCUGUGGGUCGGGUUCACCCGCCGACCCUGUACGAGCUCGCGCGAUUGGCCGAGGAGUACGGCUCGGGGGAGGUUCGGCUGACCGUGGAGCAGAACGUGAUUAUACCGAACGUGCCUGAGGGGAGGGUGGCGGAGCUGCUGAAAGAGCCGCUAUUGGUCGGUGGGAGUGGGGAGGUGGGAGCAGAGGAGAAGGAGGAAAGGGGGAAGGAGGAGGGCUGGUUUGGGCUGAGUCCUCAGCCGGGGAAUCUGAUGGGGUCGCUGGUGGCGUGCACUGGUAACCAGUUCUGCGGACAGGCCAUCAUUGAAACCAAGCAGAGGGCUCUGCAGGUCACGCGACAGCUGGAAGAGACUUUGAAUCUGCCCGAGCCAGUGAGGAUCCACUGGACUGGCUGCCCGAACUCUUGUGGGCAGGUGCAAGUGGCAGACAUCGGCCUGAUGGGGUGCAUGGCAAGAGACGAAAACAAGAAGCCCGUGGAAGGAGUCGACAUCUAUCUGGGCGGCAGAAUCGGAUCUGAUUCUCACCUGGGGCAGGUGCACAAGGCAGGUGUUCCCUCCGCGCUACUCGCGCUAUCCCUGGCGCUGCUGCUCGUCGCGCGCGCCGGCAGCCCAAUCACGAGCGCUACCGCGAACGAGAAACCCGACCAGAGCAGCAAGAAGGACGACGGGCUCAUGACAGACAUCCCCGCGGGCAUCGCGAAGCAGGCGGCUUCAGGCAACGCGGCGGGAGUCACCUACGUAGAUACGGCACAGGACUCGUUUUUCAUGGCUGAUGUGAAAAAGGCGGGAUGGAACGCGCAGAAAUGCCCACCUGGAUUGAACAAGGAGCUCUCGGGAGCGUGCACGCCGAAAAAUUGUUCCAAGGGAGGUAUCCCCGCUAAGUGA